ACAGACUGGCGCACACGACAGCGCCGGGGCUGCACACAACCGUGUCAUAUUCGACUGAAAUGAGGUCAACAUGGGCGCCAAAGAGUCGCGGAUAGGCUUCCUUUCAUAUGACGAGGCCGUCAGACGAGUUACUGAUGUGGAGCUCAAGCGGCUUAAAGAUGCCUUCAAGAGGACCAGCGGCCUUUCCGCCUACAUGACCCAGCAGUGCUUCUACAAGGAAGUACUGGGAGAUGGAGUUCCACCCAAGGUUGCAGAGGUGAUCUGCAACUCAUUUGGUGGCACCUCAAAAGGGCUUCACUUCAACAACCUCAUCGUUGGCCUGGUUCUGUUGACAAGAGGACGGGAUGAAGAAAAAGCCAAAUACAUCUUCAGCCUGUUCGCCAGCGACUCGGGCAGCUACGUGGUGCGAGAGGAAGUCGAGAGCCGGAUCAGCGCCGUCGACGGGGAGGUUCCGUCCUCGCUGAGGAAGUGCUUCUUAGAGGGUGAGAAGGUGAACUAUGAGAAGUUCAAGAGUUGGCUCCUUCAGAACCGGGAGGCGUUUACUUUCUCCCGCUGGCUGCUGUCGGGCGGAGUAUGCGUCACCCUGACCGAUGACAGCGACACGCCAACCUUCUACCAGACGCUGGCUGGUGUCACACACUUAGAAGAAUCGGAUAUUAUCGACUUGGAAAAGCGCUACUGGCUUCUAAAAGCUCAAUCAAGGACCGGCCGCUUUGACUUGGAAACCUUCGCCCCUCUAGUCUCACCUCCUAUUCAUGCUCCACUAAGUGAAGGCUUAUUUCACGCCUUCGAUGAGAACCGAGACAAUCACAUUGACUUCAAGGAGAUUUCAUGUGGGCUCUCAGCGUGCUGCCGAGGUCCUGUGGCAGAAAGGCAGAAAUUUUGUUUUAAGGUGUUUGACACAGAUCGGGACGGGAUUCUGUCACGAGAUGAGGUGCACAACAUGGUGGUGGCGUUGCUGGAAGUGUGGAAGGACAACCGCACCGACACUCUGCCUGAAUUGGAUUCCAGCUCUUCUGAUAUUGUUGAAGAUAUCCUCAAGCUACACGACACAACAAAACAGGGACAGUUAACACUGGAGGACUAUCAGAUAUGGAGUGUGAAGAGCGCCCUCGCCGGCGAGUUCCUCAACCUCCUCUUUCAGGUGUGCCACAUAGUUCUGGGCUUGCGACCCUCUACGCCCGAUGAGGAAGGCCAGAUUAUCAGGGGGUGGCUGGAGAGAGAAAGCAGGCAUGGACUGCAGCCCAGCCAGAACUGGUUCCUCAUCUCGAUGCAGUGGUGGAGGUUAUGGAAAGACUACGUCAAAUAUAAGUCCAUUGUGGUGGACCAGCCGGUCAUUCAGGGUAACGGCAGGAGGACUCCACUGUCGUCCAUAUCUGCUGAACCUGCCCUGGCUAGAGGUACAACAGUGGCUCGAUCAGUCAGCUCUCCAGGAGAAAAAUCCCCAAAUACUACCUGGGAGGCCUCCGCAGGAACCCGGAACAGUCAGAUGCCACAUGUGAGCUCCUCCGCUACAGACAUCUGCUUUGCUCGCCAGCACAACGCUUUGGAUCACAAUAACCAGUGUUUCCCUUCCGCCAACGGCCACCUGCCCAACCAACUGGCUACACAGCGGCCCGGCGCCAUCGACAACCAGUCACUGGUCACCACUGAGCCCAUGAAGGCACCCACAUUAACCAUGGAGGGUGGACGUCUCAGAAGAACCCUGAACUUGAUUGCUGGCUUGGACUUUGAGACGGUACCGGAACCUGUGUGGCGGGCACUCUACCACUGGUACGGCGCCAACCUCAGCCUGCCCAGACCGGUGAUCAAGUCCGUCGACACAGAUCAGACAGAGCUGGAGCUCUUUCCACGUUACCUCCUUUUCCUACGGCAACAGCCAGCCACCCGCACCCCCCAGUCCAACAUCUGGGUUAACAUGGGUAUGAGCAGCCUGCGAAUGUUUCCUCCGCACUUUUCUAGAGGCAAUGUACCGUCUCCGAAUGCUCCUCUGAAGCGAGUGCUGGCCUAUACGGGCUGUUUCAGUCGGAUGGACACUGUUAAAAACAUCCAUGAGUACCUGUCCCAAAGGUUACGCAUCAAAGAGGAAGACAUGCGUCUCUGGCUCUACAACAGUGAGAAUUACCUCACACUUCUUGAUGAUGAAGAUCACACUUUAGCAAGUUUGAAUAUUGAAGAUGAGCAGCAUUUAAUAAUUGAAGUUCGAAACAAAGACAUGAGCUGGCCGGAAGAAAUGUCCUUCAUUGCCAACAGCGGCAAAAUCGACAGACACAAAGUUCCUACAGAGAAAGGUGCCACAGGCCUAAGUAACCUGGGUAAUACAUGCUUUAUGAACUCCAGUAUUCAGUGUGUGAGCAACACCAAGCCCCUCACGGACUACUUUAUCACAGGACGACACCUCUAUGAGCUGAACAGAACCAAUCCUUUAGGAAUGAGAGGACAUAUGGCUAAAUGCUAUGGAGAUUUGGUACAGGAACUGUGGAGUGGAACACAGAAAAACAUCGCACCUUUAAAGCUCAGGUGGACGAUAGCAAAGUACGCACCGAGAUUCAACGGCUUCCAGCAGCAGGACUCUCAGGAGCUGCUGGCAUUCCUGUUGGACGGACUCCACGAGGACCUGAAUCGCGUCCACGAGAAACCCUACGUAGAGCUGAAGGACAGCGACGGCCGGCCGGACGCAGAAGUGGCCACAGAGGCAUGGGAGAAUCACCUCAGGAGAAACCGUUCCAUUGUGGUGGACCUGUUUCACGGCCAGCUCAAAUCCCAGGUCAAGUGUAAGACAUGCGGCCACAUCAGCGCUCGCUUCGACCCCUUUAACUUCCUCUCCCUGCCCCUUCCCAUGGACAGCUCCAUGCACCUCGAGAUCACAGUCAUUAAGCUGGAUGGUUCAACACCGGUGCGCUUUGGUCUCCGUUUGAACAUGGACGAGAAGUACACGGGUCUGAAGAAGCAGCUGAGUGAGCUGUGCAGCUUAAAGCCGGACCAGAUCCUCUUGGCUGAGGUCCACUCUUCCAACAUUAAGAACUUUCCUCAAGACAACCAGAAGGUGCGUCUGUCUGUAAAUGGCUUCUUGUGUGCGUUUGAAAUUCCUGUGCCUGGUUCUCCCACCUCCCUCACCUCUCCAGCACCAGUUGACGCUACACUGAUGGUCAACGGCUCUGCUCAAAACGGCCACUCUGACAAACCUGGCCUCAUACUGAACGGUACAGCUGGCAUGCCUGUCUGCAGCGGCUCUGAGAAAAGUCUGGCUAAUGGCAUGCCAAACACAGCGGUGCCCCCCAGCUCAGAAAAGAGCCUCGCCAAUGGCAUCCCUAACGGCCACGCCACCCCUAUCCAGGACAGCCCUUUUAUUGGCUACAUCAUAGCCAUGCACAGGAAGAUGAUGCGGUCAGAGCUGUACUUCCUGUCAUCUCAGAAGAACAGGCCCAGUUUGUUUGGUAUGCCUCUUAUUGUGCCCUGUACAGUACACACUAGUAAAAAGGACCUCUACGAUGCUGUGUGGAUCCAGGUGUCCCGUCUGGCCAGUCCUUUGCCGCCUCAGGAGGCCAGCAACCAUGCCCAGGAUUGUGAUGACAGCCUGGGUUACCAGUAUCCUUUUACCUUGCGGGUAGUGCAGAAGGAUGGGAACUCGUGUGCCUGGUGUCCGUGGUACAGGUUUUGUCGAGGCUGCACAGUGGAGUGUAACGAGGACAGAGCAUCACUAGGAAACACUUACAUCGCUGUAGACUGGGACCCUACAGCCCUGCACCUCCGUUACCAAACCUCCCAGGAAAGGAUAGUGGAAGAGCACGCGAGUGUUGAGCUGAGUCGACGUGCGCAGGCUGAGCCCAUCAGUCUGGACAGCUGCUUAAAGGCCUUCACCAGUGAGGAAGAGCUGGGUGAGGAUGAGCUCUACUACUGUUCCAAAUGUAAAACCCACUGCCUGGCCACCAAGAAGCUGGAACUCUGGAGGCUGCCACCCAUACUGAUUGUCCACCUAAAACGCUUCCAGUUUGUAAACGGUCGUUGGAUCAAGUCUCAGAAGAUAGUGAAGUUUCCACGUAGGGGCUUCAAUCCCAGUGCAUUUUUGGCGCCACGAGAGGCGGCUCAGAGUGCCUGGAGCCUGCAGAGUCAGAGCGAGUGUCUGGUGGAGGAGCUCCAGAAACUGCACAGCAGAGAAUCCUCAGUGUCUUCCGUCUCCACCAUCACUGUAGUCAGCCCUCCUAUAUCUGGCAGAGGCGCCCCAUGUUCAAUCAGAAGAGUGGGGAGCCCCCUGAGCAGAAGCAACAGCCCCAGCAGCAGCCCCAAGAGCCCCAGCCGGAGACAGGGACGCCUGCGUCUUCCUCAGCUGGGCAGCAAACACAAACUCUCUAACAGCAAAGAAAACCUAGACAGCAGCAGCAGUAGCUGUAAGGAGAGUAUCUCAGAGCCAGAACCCAACAUUACCACAGAAGGGGAGCCUCAGGGGCCCGGAGUUUCCAACACACAGGACUCCUCCUGGUCAUCAGAUGCCUCUAAUACUGACUCUCAUGUUGUAAUGAUGAACGGGCUGGACCUAGAGAACAACCACAGUGACAGGCACUCUGAGACUAGCACAGAAACGGAUAGCGCUUCUCAGCAAACGGACAUCUGCCCUGAGCCCCUGUAUAACUUAUAUGCAAUCUCGUGUCAUUCAGGAAUAAUGGGAGGGGGUCACUAUGUGACCUACGCUAAAAACCCCAAUGAGAAAUGGUACUGUUACAAUGACAGUAGCUGCAAGGAGCUUCACUCGGAGGAGAUCGACACAGAUUCAGCCUACAUUCUUUUCUACGAGCAACAAGGAGUCGACUACUCUCAAUUUCUGCCAAGAACUGACGGCAAAAAGAUGGCAGACACUACCAGCAUGGAUGAAGACUUCGAGUCCGACUAUAAGAAGUACUGCGUGCUUCAGUGAUCCUGCGCUCUUCCACUUUUAAAGCACUUAGCGACUUUUCUUCAGUAUCCCGUCUCACGUGCAGUGAAGACUGAAACGGUCGAGAAGCUGCGGUUCCUGAAGUGCAACAAUCGGCUCCGCUGCUGCUUACUGUUUCAGAAGGCCUGACCGGUCUUUAGGCCAUCGAAUGAAUGGUCAGGUGAGGUUGUGAGAAAGUAAUUGAGAGAGUGAAAGAGAACUCGCCAAGUGAACAAAUCGGGCUCGGACCACAAUAUUCAUUCCCUGGACGUAAUUUUGACUUGAUUGGUGUUUGGGAUCCCACAUCUGUUGCACCUUGUGCUUAUUUAUGUAUUUAUCUGGCCGUAGAGUCGACAGCGCUCUCAUCCUCAGUAGGUUUUAUGUGUUUCACAUAUUUAUAAGACAACAUGUGGCCAGUUAUGAUAAGCAAGUCCCAUCUUCAGUAGGUUUGUUGGAGAGGUUUCUAUCUGUGGGUAUACUACGUGUAGGUAUUCCAAAGUCUCCCAAUUUGAAACCAUUUUCCGUAGAUGUUUUACACUACCUCGCUUAUUUGCAGUUUAUUUGCUUUUCAUUGGAAAAACGCAGUAUUAAAAUACACGUGGCUCGCUAAUCCAUGCAAAUCACUGCCAAAAUGUUUGAUUUUAGCAUUUCAAUAAGAAACACCCAGAACAUUUUACUGCUAAUUUCUCUUUCUAAUAGAAGUUUAUUAGCGGAAUGUGUGCCAGUGUCUUUUUAAAGAUCAGGAGAUAUCUUUAUGAUCUUAAACACGUUUUAAUAUCAUUAUUUUACAUUCCACAGAUGUUUAUUUUAAUAGAAAAGCUUUAAACUGCAUUUUUGUGUCAGCAGUCGAACCUCACAGUGCCAUUACUUCAUCACUAGGAUUCUAGAGUCUUACGAAUCUCAUGCAUAUUAUUUUUGCACCAAAUGCAGACGUUUGAAAAGGCAACAUCUGUAUCUUAGAGAGAGUGGCUAACCAAACCAAAUUGCAUAUUCUUUAAACCAAAUAGUGUAUUCUUCUUAUUAUUUUUAUUAUUAUUUAUUAAAUUGUUCCCUCUCUGCACAUGGCUGGAUUAAACUGGCGGAUAUUAGCGUGAACAAUACAGUACACAUACAGGUUAGUGGCCCAAAUCUCAAUGUUGAACAUUUUUCAGCAUUUAAAAGACGCUUUUAUUUUAUUUUCUAAAACUCUAGGACUCCACCGAACCAC